AUGCAGUUGGGCAGUCAGCAAGCUCCCCUCAAUCUCGAUGCGGGCUCGGCGAGUCCAAGUGAGGUCGUGUCUCGCGCUGUCUCCGAUGAGGAAGACAGCGAGAGCGAUGACGGUGUGAUGUCUCCCUCGAUCCGGAAAAGUAUUGGUGCAGAUAUGCGAGAGCCUGUCUCCAAGGAUGAGGUCCAGCAAGACGAGGAUCAGAAUGUUGGUAGUGCAAAGAUGGAAGAGUCUGUUUUCGAGGUCAAGCUCCAGCAAGAUGAUCUCGCAUCGGAUGAAAAUUUCGAGAGCAACAUUGCAACCUCAUACCUGAUUUGA